GUUAGUAUUACAUUACAAUCCCUCUAUUCACCAACAAACAAACAAAUAAAAACAACAAACCCUUUGCUUCAUCUAUUCUCCAUUCAAUUUUCCAAACCCCAAAACACACCAAAGUUUCAUAAACAACACCAUGUUAGAUCAAAACCCAAAUAUUUCUCAACAAAAAAACCAUCAACAUUUCUCAAAUCAUGUCAUAAGUGACAGUUAUGACAGUUAUGGUGCAAUAAAUUACAAAGCUAGAGCUCAAAGAACAGCCCAAAAUUAUGCAACUUACCAAUCUUGGAGCCCCAUAGCUGAUUUUGGAGCAGAAAAAAGGCUUAUUCAAGACGAGAAUGAUGACUCGGGUGUUUGUUCACCACCUUUAUGGAGAACAAGUCCACCACAAAAUCAAUACAGAAAUCUCUCUCCAUCUUCAAGAACUCAAGCUAUUGCUAGAGGCCAAAAAGAGCUCAUGGAAAUGGUGAGUAAAAUGCCUGAGGGAUGUUAUGAAUUAUCUUUAAAAGAUAUAGUGGAGCACAGUCAGGUAAAUAAUUUUAAUCAUGAGGGUGUUAAAGAAGAAAGUUUUAGUAAAGAGAGGAGUAGUAACGUUAGCAGUGAGGAUCAGAUUAUAAAAAUAAAGAAAAAACUGAGUAAUGAAAGGAAAAUGAAAAUGAAUAGAAGUGGGAGUGUAGAGAAUAACGGAGGGUUUCUUUUAAAAAUGGUGUUUCCAGUUUCUUGGAAUUCAAGAAACAAGAAAAAGAAGAGCAAUAAUAUCAAGAAAAUCAAGAAAAGUGAGAGUUUUGCAAUGAAUGGUGAUAAUAAUAGUGAGAGGGUGUCUCCAAGGCCUUUGUUAAUCGAUGGAUCUGGUGAAAAAGGUGAAGAAUCUGAGUGGUGGAAGAAGAGAAUUGUGGAGAAAGAAGAGAGUGAUGAUCAGAGUGGUGGGUUUAGUAGUAUUAAUAGCAGAAGUUCUAAAAGCAGUGGCUGUAACAGCAGUAGAAGUAGCAGCAGAAACAGCAGUGGCAGGCAAGGAAGAGGUGGUUGCUGGUCUUUCUUUAUGAUGAAGAGAGAGCAGAAGGCAGAAUAAAGGAUCUUGCUACUCAAUUCACAAAAUUGCAAUAUUUUUGGGUUGGUGAAAUCAAAAGAUUUACAGUUGUAGAAUUAUGUAUAUUCUUGCUUUAAUUGUAAUGAUUGUGAGUUUACAUUA